ACGAGGCGAGGCGAGACGAGGCAAGGCGAGGCGAAUGCUCGCGCGAGAGUGGCGCAAUGGUAGUUGUUGGUAGUAUUACUGGUGCUCGUUGCGGUGCUCUGGCAAAAAUUUUCGAAUAAAGGGCGUGUAAAAGAUGCACCAGUGCCGGGGCACUCGGACUCUCGGCACGGCCCCGGACUCGGAGACGUUACCAGGGAUGAUGAGCGUGCGGUGCGCGAGGCACAGCGCGACGGUACAAUCGAGAGUGGCUGCUUAGCUGUCGUCGUCGUUGUCGUCGUCGUGGUAGUAGUAGUAAUAAAAGUUGUCGUAUCGUGCGCCGAGCAUCAAGCUGCCAAUGUUGGACGGAGAUGUCCGCGCUCUAAGAUACGGACGACCCUGUCAACCUUUUGUGGCUCUCGACAAUGCUAUUUGGAAGUGACACGAACUUUCCGUGGCGCGUCUUCUUGUAGGUAGUGCUCUAGCGCGUGUGCGUGUGUGAUACUCGAGCACGGUGAAAUGUUUGCCUCGCCGGCGUCGGUGGUGGGCGAGCCAUCGGGCUACGACUUUCAGAAAGAAGAGAACGCUGCCAAGUGGAAGGGAGUGUUUGUCAACUCCCUGCGCAAGGUACUAGAGCAAGUACAUCCUAGUCUCCAAGCUCGACAAGAUGCCUUAGACUAUGUGGAGAGCUUAAUCUUAAGAUUGCUGGGUAUGCUCUGUGGACACCCACCUCCUCAUACACCACAGGAUGUAGAAGAAAGAGUGAGACGCACGUUUCCUACUCCUAUUGACAGAUGGGCACUUCGCGAUGCCAAAGAUGCACUGGAAAAGGGAAAGAAAAAGUCACCGUUAGUUCUACCAGUUGACAAGAUUCAUCAGUUAUUACAAAAAGAAGUAUUACAGCACAAAAUUGACUCGCAAGUUAGUCUAUUUGUAGUCGGAGUUUUGGAAUAUAUCUCUGCAGAUAUUUUGAAGUUAGCUGGAAAUUAUGUGAAGAAUAUUCGCCAUGUCGAGAUUUCAUGCGAGGACAUACGGGUCGCUAUGUAUGCAGAUAUGGUACUGAUGGAUAUGUUCUAUCAAGAUGAUUGCACGGAAGGUCCGCAAAGUAGCUUGGGCGCAGUCGUUUCGCAGACUUACGAAGAAUCUGUUCGGGAUCUCAUUCACGAUGAACGGCAUUACAUUCGUGACCUGCACAUGAUCAUCAAGGUAUUUCGUGAGGAAAUCGCGAAAUUAGCGCAAGAUAAGAGCGAAAUCGAGACACUCUUCAGUAAUAUUAUAGAUAUUUAUGAAGUCACUGUGACAUUACUCGGCAGUUUAGAAGAUAUAAUGGAAAUUACAGAAGAGCAGCAAACGCCCACAGUUGGCUCAUGCUUUGAGGAAUUAGCGGAGGCAGCGGAAUUCGAUGUUUAUAUAAAAUACGCGAGAGACAUUAAUAGCUCCGCUAGUCGAGAAGUUUUAACGAAUUUAUUGUCACGACCUGAAGUUAACGCAGCCCUACGAGCAGCAGGCCAUGGUUUUAGAGAAGCCGUUAAAUAUUACUUGCCAAAACUUUUAUUACAACCCGUGUGGCAUUGCUUCCUGUAUUUUGACUAUAUCAAGGUUUUGCACAAGCGCACGCCUAAUAUAGAGGACGGUGAAACCUUAGAGCAAGUACAAGGCUUAUUGAGACCGCUACAAAUGGAACUGCUGCAAUCAGUGGCGAGCCUACCAAAAAAGGACACGGGCUUGCGAAUGCAGAGCAGAGCGAGGAGACAGACGGCGCUAGAGAAAAUUAGUGAAUUACAAAAGACUGUAGAUGGCUGGAAUCAGAGGGAAUAUGGACAGUGUUGUAAUGAGUUCAUUAGAGAGGAUACAUUGGGGAAAGUAGCUAGCAACGGACGGAGAGUAACUGAGAGGAAAGCCCUGUUAUUCGAUGGCUUACUGGCGCUGUGUAAACAGAGCGGUAGCAAAAGAGUCAGCGUCACCGUUGCUGCGGUUGGAGUAGGACAUCCGACGCACCAAGGGGAAUUGCGACUAAAGGAGCGAUUUUUCAUUAGAAGAGUGGAUAUCAUUGAUAGAGAAGACACCGAAGAGUUAAAAUAUGCCUUCGAAAUUUCGCCAAGGCUCCAACCGAAUGUUAUUCUCGUUGCGAAGUCCGUCGAAGAUAAGAAUAACUGGAUGGCAGACUUGGUGAUGUUAAAUACGAAGAGUAUGUUCGAAAGAACGCUGGACAGUAUCCUUUCAGACGAAGAAAGGAAGCAUCCGUUAAGAUUACCUCCUGUUCACUUGUAUAAAUUCGCCGAGCAGGACAGCGACGAAAAUAUCGUUUUAGAAGCCAGAGAGAAUGGCGGCGUUCCCUUGAUUAAAGGGGCAACAUUAGUUAAAUUAGUUGAAAGAUUAACUUACCACAUAUAUGCCGAUCCUGCGUUCGUGAGAACAUUCCUCACUACUUACAGGAGUUUCUGCUCGCCCCAGGAAUUAUUCUCGUUGCUUAUGGAGAGAUUUGAUAUUCCUGACCCUUCGUUGGUAUACGGUGAAGAGAUACCUACGGGUUGCAAAACGACGGCUAGGGAAGACUGGAAAAGAUACAGAAAGGAAUUCUGUCAACCGGUGCAGUUUCGAAUUCUGAAUGUUCUGAGGCAUUGGGUGGAUCAUCAUUUUUACGAUUUCGAACGUGACAGGAACCUUCUGGAAAGAUUACAAUCGUUUUUAGAUACAGUAAGUGGCAAGCCUAUGCGGAAGUGGGUUGACUCGGUAGUAAAAAUUGUACAGAGAAAGAGGGAGUCGUCAGAACGACCUAUCACAUUUAGCUUCGAGCGAUCUCCACCACCGAUUGAGUGGCAUCUUAGAGUUCCCGAAGAAGACUGGAAUAUACUUACGUUACAUCCUAUCGAAUUAGCGAGACAAUUGACACUCUUGGAGUUCGAGUUAUAUAGGACGGUAAAGCCUUCCGAAUUAGUCGGUUCCGUUUGGACGAAGAAGGACAAGGAGAAGACGUCGCCGAAUUUGCUGAAAAUGAUCAAACAUACGACAAAUUUCACGAGAUGGCUGGAAAAGACAAUAGUGGAGGCUGAUAAUCUCGACGAGAGAAUAGCUAUCGUUUCACGUGCAAUCGAAAUAAUGAUGGUGCUGCAAGAUCUUAACAAUUUCAACGGUGUUCUGGCGAUCAUUAGCGCUAUGGGGUCAGCUUCGGUGUUUAGGCUAAAAUUUACGUUCCAACAAAUACCGGCACGGUUAGAAAAGGCAUUAGAAGAAGCGCGAGAACUCAAUAACGAUCAUUUUCGGAAGUAUCAAGAGAAAUUGAGAUCUAUCAAUCCGCCUUGUGUACCAUUCUUCGGUAUGUACUUGACUAAUAUCCUGCACAUCGAAGAGGGAAAUCCCGACUAUCUACCGGGAAGUCCAGAGCUCAUCAAUUUCAGCAAACGGCGGAAAGUGGCAGAAAUAACCGGUGAAAUUCAGCAGUACCAAAAUCAACCCUAUUGUCUUUCGCCGGAGCCGAAGAUCAGACACUUCAUUGAGAAUCUGUGCCCCUUCGACCCCAACAUGAAAGACGAGGAUAUAAACAAUUACCUGUACAAUAAGAGUUUAGAAGUAGAGCCAAGAGGAUGCAGGCAACCCCCGCGAGUUGCACGCAAAUGGCCGGACCUGAACCUGAAAUCACCAGGAAUCAAAGCCAGAAGUCUGAGUGGAAGGUUGCCGGCUCCGUUGCAUACGAUAGUUACGUCUAACGUCAAGUUACACGAUCCCCCGACGGAAGCGCCUCCCCCUCCCGAAUUACCGGAAACACCGCCGCACGCGUCGCAAAUCAUAGCUUCGCACACAGGGGACCACAACGUUUUCGCAUCCGCCUUAGGAGCCGGGUUACCUCCGGGAUCACCGGGUCCACCUAAUAUGUUGGGGCUUGCGAUCGCUUCGCCGAGUAGUAGCCCUCAAUUGGGAUCUCCUAGGCACUUUUUCAAUUCCGGCACGAUAGGUAUAGUGGGUGUUCUAACGGGUCUACCGUCGUCGGGCGGAAGCCCCAGCGCGAUGCCGACGCCGUCGUCGCCGAGCAACAUACCGCCUAGCCAACCUCCACCGCCACUACCACCUAGAUCUUAUAGAAGACGGGAGAGUUCAAUUAGCGAAUCGCCGCAACAGGUGAAACAAGCGCCGAACGCGCCGAUCCUUCCUCCGCGGGACAUCUCCCCGCCGCCAUUACCACCGCGAAUCACCACCUUACCGCCGCGACUUCAGCCGACGCUGAGUCAGUGCACCUCGGCGUUACUCGCGCGCCGCAAUUCCACAUUAGAGAGUACGGGCUGCUCCGUCGCUCAACCGCGGAGGCACAUGUCUUUCAAUGGCCCUAGCCCCACGAAAUUUCAGCCGACGCAGCCUAACGGAUCAGUGACACCGAGGUUACCGCCCAAGCCUUUACCGGGACGUCCGCCAACUAUGUUUAAUUUCAACGCCCCUCCCGGACCUAGUUAAGUGUUACUUCUUCCCGGUGGUUCUCUUCUUCCUCUUUCUUUUCCUCUUUUUUUUUUACCUUGUUGACAAAAAAUAUUAUCAGUCGAAGCGCUUAGUCCACGCGGUGAGUUGAGUUCGAACUUUUCUUGUUGCUCGAAUUCGUAGGAAAAGUGUGUGUCCCAAUAGAUCGCAUCGAUGGAUCCCAGAUGUAGCGUAUUAAUGUAUAUUUAUAUAGCGGCAUUUUGAUAAACUGCAAAUGACGGACAUGCGCAGGAAAGUGACUAUCGUAUGUUAAAAUCCACAACUUUCUCCUGUUGCACAUGCGAGACAACGGUCACUGCAUGCGCGUUAAAAUAUCAAGAAUGAUAUUGGACGCGACAUUUGCCGAGCGAUCUAUUUGAGAAACUUUUUCGAGAGAUAUAUUUGGUCGCGUUCACUGUUUGUGGCUAAUGGUAGUCUGUGUCCAUUGUUUUAUGAUCUUAUUGAAUGGACUACGCACAGUUUCAGUUACCUGAAUGGCUUCCUUCCUCCUCCUUAAAAUCCCUAUUUCUCCCUCAAACACAACUGUGAUAUAGUUUGAAAAUGAAAAUAUGUUAAUGUAACUAGGCACUUAGAUUAAAAAAAUGACAGAGACAUAAGAAAGUGAUGUACCGUAAAAAAAGUACAUAUUAAGCGAAAUUAAUAAGGAGAAAGGAGUAUAAAUAAUAAGUAUUUGCAUAUAGAGUAAAUACACAUGUAUAUUAUUAUAAAUAUAUUCUAUAAUAGCAAUUGUAAUAAUAUCGAGGAAAAGAAAUACGGCAUUAUGUAAAAUAAAAAAAUAUAUUGUGUA